AUGGGUCUCCCCGGGACCGCUCAAGGUCGCGAUGACGGCAAAAUAAUCGACCGGACUAUAUUCGGGGAGGAAUCACACAGCACGCAAAAUGAGAAAUCGGAGGUACGCGGCGCCAACGGCGACAAGUCACCAUAUGAUGCCGAAUCAACGCCCAGCGCCGACGGCUUUCAUGGGGACAUGUUCGACGACGAGAAAGAAUUGGCACAGCACCCCGACAGUGUAACGGAGGGUGCGGAAUUGGGUCUGCAGAAGGCGGAAGCAGCAGCACUCGUAUGGAGCUGGCCAGCCUUGGUUGGAAUAUAUGCUUGGAUCUGGAUCUGCACAUUUAUGUUGGCGUUUCACUCGAAUAUAAGCGGCUUCCUGAUCAACUACAUUCAGGGAGGGUUCAAGACCGCACCGCAGGUCUCAACGUCCUAUAUCCUCGCAAAUGUUGUGGGCGGUGUUCUCAAGCUGCCGCUUGGUAAGACCUUGAACUUGUGGGGUCGUGCGGAGGGCCUAGUCUUCUCGACCGGCAUUUACCUUCUCGGCAUGAUCAUUCUCGCCUCAUGUAAUGGUCCAGAUGGAUAUGCGGCAGGAUAUGUGCUGUACUGGAUCGGUUACUACUGCUUAUACCUGAUCUUGAAUGUUUUCGUCGCCGAUACCUCGGGUCUAAGGAACCGAGCGUUCGCCUUUGGAUUUAUGCAGACCCCGUUCAUCUGUACUGCGUUCACGGGCAGUCUUGCAGCAAACUCGAUAUACGCUAAAUACGGGUGGCGCUGGGGCUAUGGUAUCUUCUGUAUCGUGACGCCUUUUGUGUUCUUGCCCCUCGCCAUGGUUUUCAAGUACUUCGAGAAGAAGGCAGAGAAAAACGGAAUCUUCCGACGACAACCCAGUGGUCGCACCGUUGGACAGUCCAUUAUCCACUAUAUCCAUGAAUUCGAUGUUAUUGGUGCUUUCUUGCUCAUGGGUGGUUGGGUUAUGUUCCUCCUUCCGUUCAGUUUGGCGCAAUAUGGCCGAUCUACGUAUUCAAGCGCCAAGUUUAUUGCUCUCAUAAUCGUUGGAGUCUUCAUGUUGGGUAUCUUUGCAGCAUGGGAGAAAUGGGGUGCACGAACCCACUUUAUCCGCUGGGAGUUAAUCAAGCGGCCGACAAUUCUAGGCGCAUGCACACUCGCAGCCGUGCUAUUUUUCAGCUUCGAACUCUGGGACCAGUACUUCUACAACUACAUCCUGAUCUCCUACGAUAUUUCGCCAGUCCAUGCAAAUUACAUGCUCCAGAUCUACAACGUCGGCUCGUGCUUCUUUUCUCCCGUUAUCGGAGCCGUCAUCUGGGCCACUUCCCGCUUCAAAUACAUCUCCCCGCUCAUGAUCCUCGGCUCCGGGCUGAUGAUCUACUUCCGUGGUGCAGACCACGGCAUUGGCUACGUUGUCAUGUGUCAGAUCUUCAUCGCCUUCGCCGGCGGUACGCUCGUUAUUGGCGAGGACAUGGCCGUUAUGGCAGCAGGUGGCCGCGAGGGCACUCCGAUGAUGCUGGCCCUCAUCGGAUUGUUCUCCAAUAUCGGCGGUGCGAUUGGCCUGGCUGUUGGCGCUGCUAUCUACAACAAUGUCUUUGUCAACACCCUCACGACACAAUUGCCGGACGACUUGAAGGCCAAUGCCACCCAGAUCUACCUUGGUGGUAUCACUGUGCAGUCCACUUACCCAUGGGGAACGCCUCUUCGCGAAGCUGUCGCCUACACGUGGGGCUACGCCCAGCGCUUGAACUGCAUUGCUUCUACUGCCAUCUUGGCUUUGGCUAUUCCUUGCAUUCUGGUCUGGAAGAACUAUGAUGUAAACCUGAAGCAGAACAAGGGUAGAAUGAUUUUCUAA